AUGCAAUACGUAUCAACUAUUCUUAAUAAAUAUGUUGGUAACAGAGUUGUCUUUAGUAACUCAUUCGUCCAAGGUAUUUGCGAGAAGUAUCCAAAGAUUGCUUUCUUAAAUGAUGCUUAUACUAAUAAAAACUUAAAUGAAUUAUGA